AUGUGACGCUUCCUGGAGCAUUACUUUCACGCAGCACUUUUGCUCUCCGGAACAACACUUACCAACAGCAAACCCUACAUCCACCGCGGAAAUUUUGUUGCGGGCUUGCAUUUGUUUACGGUAUGGCUGACGGUGAGCGAUCGCCUUUGCUGUCGGACAGUCGCGAUGGAAUGAACGGGCUGUCACUGGGAGAUGAAACCUACCGACCUCCGACCAAACCACAGAAUUUCCCAGCGUUCCCAACAGCUCCUCCCAUGACGAUGCUGGGAGAGGCACCUCCACCGUACUCCCCGCUGGGUUCUCCAGAGAGUGGCAAUGCUCCUGUCAUCAGCUGCAGAGUGUGUCAGUCGCUUAUUAGCGUGGAGGGCAAAGUCCACCAGCAUGUGGUCAAAUGUGGUGUCUGCAAUGAGGCUACACCCAUAAAGAAUGCUCCAGCAGGAAAGAAGUAUGUGAGAUGUCCGUGUAACUGUCUUCUCAUCUGCAAAGUCACCUCACAGAGGAUCGCCUGCCCUCGACCUUACUGUAAGCGAAUUAUCAAUUUAGGUCCAGUUCAUCCUGGUGCCGGUAGUCCGAAUCCUCAGCCUACUGGUGCCAGAGUUUCCUGUGGCCACUGUGCAAACACUUUCCUGUGGACAGAAUUUACAGAUCGAACAUUGGCUCGCUGCCCACACUGCAGAAAAGUCUCAUCGAUUGGCCAGAGGUACCCUAGAAAGCGGAGUUUGAUAUGUUUUCUGUUGUGCUUGAUCUUCGUCAUAACGACUGCAGGACUGAUCGCUGGCACGUGUCAGAAUGCGCGGCAAUAUAGGGGAAUUUAUGCCUCUUGGGUAUUUUUCAUUGUUCUGGUGCUGAUCACUUUGGUCAGAGCUCUGCACUGGGCCUGCAUGAAAAUCAGUGAACCACUGCACAACUACUCAUGAUAGGAGUGAUGGAUGUGGAUGAGGAGUGCUCUGGUUUUGAACCCUACUCUUCUCUGAACUGAUUUCAAACCCUGUUUGCUCACAUCUCUAAUGGGAAUCUGCUUCCUAAACACUGCAGAAUUAAAAAGGGCAUAGAAGAACAAAUAUUUUAGCAUUGUCAGUAGGAUAAUAACUUCUAGCUUAGUUGCAAAUUCCACAACCGCUGAAACAGGCUGUUUUUGCUCUGUGAAUUGACUUUGACAUCACUGUGGCGUCACACAAAUGUACUGAAGCAUUACAGUCAGAAUGAGAGAUUUUAGCUGAAUUGCUGACAGAAGUGUAAGUGCCUCAUGUGACAAUGUGAUCUGUUGUUGUUACUUAUAAAGCUAUCUUUUCUCAUAUAUGAAGGAACUGCAACUGUUAGCUUUAUUGAAAACUGUACCCUGACCCGACACAUCAAAUGAAGGGUAUGAGCAAGAAAAAGGAAAUGAAAACUCCAUGCUGAAAUAUCUGGAAGGUUUAGAAGAAAAGAGGAAAAAGCAAAACUCUUUUUUUAGACAGUGCAUGUCACAUAUAUAGAUUGAAUCUUAGGUAACAAUGAAUUGAUUAUUCUUUCAGCUUAGUUUAAUGCUUUUCCGUAGAUAUUAUUCUGUGGACCUGUUGGGUGUUCUUCAAUGUCUGUGGCCCAGGUUUAGACCAAGCCUUUACCUUCCUCUUCUUUCCACUCUUACUGUGUAUCUGCCUCCUCAGAUUCUGCUUAGGCACCAAAUUAUGCUUUGCUUACUAACUAACAAUGAUAUCAGACACAAUGCAAUAUUACAGAGAUUCUAAAGAUUUCUAAUGAUCCUCAUGUUACUUUUGUUGAUGAUGCUGUUUUAAAACCUGGCAUUGCUGCUCAUAAUUUGUACCUGUCUGUGGUUAUAUAGUUAUAUAGCUGCAUUGAAACUUUCUACCUUAUAUGCUAUGGAGACGUUCAGCAUAGUUCAGUAAAGUAGUAGUGGAAGGCAAUUUUUACAAUGAUUACUAUUUUGACUAUUUUAAAAAAGUACAUUUUCUUUCUCUCUUUGGCACAAUCUGCACAUAACAACUGUCAAAUGCUAGUGAAUGUAAAUAUUCAUCAAAGAAAAUGCCUGUGAUUAACUUAAUAUCUACACUGUCAGAAAAAAAUGUGCAAACAUUGUACAUUUAGGAGUACAACAGUUUGCCACUGGGACAAUACCUUUUAAAAAACAGUACUUUAGAGUUAUAAUAUGUACUCUUAAGUUACUACUAGAACCCUUAGGGGUAUACAAGAUAAAAGUUGUACCAGUGACAAGCUGUUAAUACUUUAAAACGUACAUUUAUUACACAUUAUUUUGAGAAGUGUAAUCAGAUGUAAAUGUACCGGCUGACCAAUCGCAUAGACUCGUUUUCAUCUGAAAUGAACAAUUUGCAUUGCACUCUUCAUGAAGAUACAGAAUAUACUAAUAGAUAUACUAGUACCUGUACCUGUUCUGUGAAAUGCAGAAGUGACCAGUAAGUUUUUAUUUUUUGCAGAGUUUGAUUUGUUUACAUGAGUGUGCAGUUGUACUGUGCAUUUUGCUUUAAUUUUUGUUGAAAAUGUUAUAUAUAUAUAUCUAUAUAUAUAUAUUGUUGCACUACAUUUUAGCGAUUUCGCUAACAGAUUCUACCCUUGUCAUUGUUGAUUUUGUUGUUGAUCAUUUUUGUAUUUUCCUUUGUGACUAAAAUGUUUUAACAAUCUCUUGAGUAUUUUUGUGUGUGUUGGGGGUUCUGAAUGUUUGUACAAUUACGUUAACAGACAAACUUAAUGAAAUAUUCUAGUGAGGUGAAACUCAUUUUUUUGCUAAGUUUCCAAAUUAUAUUAUAUUGAGAUGAUCAAAUAUUAACGUUAAUGGGAUAGUUCACCCACAAAUGAAAAUUCUGACAUCAUUUACUCACCCUGAAGUUGUUCCAAGCUUGUGUGAAUUUCUUUUUUCUGCUGAACAUAGAAGAUAUUUUGAAGAAUAUGGGUAACCAAACAGUUUCUUGGAGGCUUUGACUUCCAAAAUAUGGAGAAAAAAGAAACCUACUAUGGAAGUAAAUAAUGCCAGAAUUUCCAUCAACAUGGAUGCUGUUUUUGUCUAAAUUAAUUUAUAAAUUGUAUCCAAAGCGACCUGUGGUGCAUUCAAGAUAUGUAUAUUUUAGCAGUUCAUGUGCUUCUGUUUGAUCUACAGGAAUGAUAUUUAAGAAAAAAAAAAUAACACCAUUAUGAAGUCUGAUUUUUGGCAUAAAAAAGUGUGCAUGUGAGCAGAGAGAAUGUUAAAACAUGCAAGUAUUCAACUGAACAUCGUAGUGCUAAAUGAGCUUGACGUUUUAACUAAUUUAUUGACAAAAUAUCACAUCCUUGCAAAAAUGUUAUACAGAUCAUU